AUGUUUUUACACAACACAACAAAUAGACUAAGGUUAAGUUGUAGUAGACAACAACUACUGUUAUCAGUGCUAAGACACAAAUCAAUAAUACCGCUCCUGUCGAAUGAUCUAUAUAACACCAGACUAGAAAUAUCAGCCAAAAGAAAACCUAAUCACAUACUUCGUCAGGAUGCAUUUAGUAUAUUACCAUUUUUGGGAUCUCGAGUUAAAAGAGAUGCUGUUCUGAAACUAAAUCCGUGGGUGCUGACUAGCCUGGAAGAUAGCAUUUUCAAAUUAAAAGCCCAACCUAUUUUGACAUAUAUCGAUGAUUUGGAAUUAAAUUUUAAUGAAUUAUUAUGCGUUGCUCAUGGGUUAACAGAUAUGGAAUUGAAGAUAAACGACAAUAAUUAUCAAACUAGAAUAUUAAGAAAAUUAGGAUAUGGAAAAUUCAAAGUUUGCUUACUUAGAAAUACGAUUUUUUUAAAUGAUAGAUAUUUAACUGCAAGUCAAGUGGAAAUUGAAGAAGAUUUAAGUACAUUUGAAAAUACUGAAAUAGUGUAUGAAUUUCUUAAAUGGAACCAACUACAUCAGUUUAGUUUAAUUAAUAGAGAGUUGUUGAUAAAUGAGAAAUUAUCCAGUGAAGAGUUCAAACUGAAGAGAAUAGACCUUUGGAAAAAGACUUCACUUGGGAGCUUUUAUACUAUGUUGGGCAUACUACUGAUAAAAUAUAACGAGAAAUCGGUAAAUGAGUUUAUCACAAAUAAGGUGAUCACGGGGAAAAGAGGUAUCAUAGAUAUUGUAAAAUUAAAACAGUUAUGA